AUGAGUGAGCCUCUGUUGACAGUGAAAGACGAGUCGCCGUCGAGCGAUGGCACGCAGCUGUACAGACGAGCCAGCAGGCUGCUGGAAGCUGAGCAGGGAGAUGAACUGGCAGCACAAGGAGCAGCGGAGGCGAGUCCCAUAGCAGAGAAUCAACAUCAGUCGGAAGCGCAAACAUCCUCCUCCGGCUCCUCCAGCGCUGAGCCGCCUCCGUCGUCGUCGUCGUCCGUGCCGGCAUCGUCGCAAAACGGCACAGAGACGACCGAGAAAGCCAUCAAUCUACUAGUCCGGGCUGUUCGUGCGGGCAGCACGCAAGCCAGGGAACUGCUGGAGGAUGCGCUGACAAAAGGUCGUGGAAUCGGACACAAAAAUAUCGUCGAGGUGCUCUCCACCAUCCGAAAUCAGACUACAGAGCCGGUGGUCAUGGCAGCACGCGAGGUCUUCACCUCGCUGGCCACUCCGGGUUUGAAGAGUGCAGCGGAACGAUCCGACAUAAACUACGCCAAUAUGUCGGCCGACCAGCUGGAGCGUGUGCUCCAGGAAAAGUUUGCAAAGACCAGCGCGGACAAACAAGCGGCUGGCGCGGAUGAUGAUGAUGUAGCCGGGGCAGCAACAGCUGAAGAUCAAAGGGAGGCGAUUCGGUCGAUUAUCGAGAAGACAGUGGAGCUCGGAGAUGACAACAAGAAAAUGGUAUCCGAGGAUGAGUUCCUGGCUGUGGCAGUUUCCUAUGCGAAUGGUGAACUGCCAGGAGGAAACCUGCAGGCACUGCGCGAGUCAAGUGAAUUUAACAAAUUAGGAUGGGUGGAGCGGGCGCAGCUGGACCCACUCAAGACUGCCAAGAAUGUGGCAAAGCAUGCGCUGCACUUCGCCGAGGACAAAGGCGAGCGCUGGCUGAUCAAGGCCAUCCCGUACCACCAGCUGGCCUACAUCCUCUUCCUCUACAUCAUGACGUACGUGGUGGUGCCGAAAGUCAUGUGGCACUUCGUACCGCUGUUCCUCUUCUACGCAUCGCUGGCGUUCAUGAUAAUCGCCACGUUCCAGCAGAUCUGGUUCCAGCGCAUCUUUCAAUUCUACCACGUCUACUCGUACGUCUUCAGCGGAUUCAACAGCGCGCUGGACGUGAACAAAUACGAACUGAUGUUCACUCGCAAGAAUGGCCUGCAUUCCCUCGUCCUAUUCUUCAGUGCCUACGUGGUCAUCGUGGCUAUACGGCCUCUCGCAACCGAAAUGGGAUUGCUGAAUGAGCUGGUCACACUGAUGGCGUUCUUCUUCUCGGCGGUGAGUUUUCUCUCGUGUGCUGGCAGCCACUUUGGGGAGAUAUAUCGCUCCAUGAAGCUGCGUCUUGCUGCCGUGGCUCUUGGCUGGUUCUGCUCUAGUGGUCUGCUGGAGGGCACGCCGUUGAGUAGCUUCCUGGGCGCGUGGUUCAGUAUUCCUCUAGCCUACACUGGCGUCAGCGUGACUGUUGGCCCACAGACUGCACUGUUGGCUGCGAGUACGGGACUGCUGGUCCGUACCGGUCUGCGUCGUGGCCUGAUCUCCUGGCCGCUGGUCGUACUGCCGCAUCUGGUCUUCCUGGCGUGGUUCGACCUGGCGUUGCUCAUCCUGCCCACGUGUUCCCUGGCCGGUUUCCUGAAAGUCGGCCUUGCUGUCCUGGCCCUGCCCUUCUCACCCGUACUCAUCACCCUCACGCCAAUCUAUCUGGCAUCACGCGGUGGCCUGGUAGCCAUCGGUCUUAUCCUCACUGCCAUGCUGAUCGUGGCCGGUAGCCUGGUAGUGCUUGCCAGGAUGCUGGACCUGUCCAAAUCGCUGUCCUGGUUUUCAAAACUGCAGGUCGGCUCGCAGCUGCUGCUGCUGGCGGGAUUUAUACUGGGCGUUACAAUGUCAAUUGCCCUGGUGCACAGCAGCUUCAGCUCGGUGAUAAACCCCAUGGCCAGCUCCACAGUACUGCCGAUCGGCUGGAAGGACUAUGCGGACAGGUGCAACAAGGCCAAUAGCAGUGUGGCAACUCGCCAACUGGCGUGUCUCCACUUCAAUGGUCAGCUGAUCCAGUGGCGUGGUACGGUGCAGGACCUGCGUAUAACAGAAAUCAAUAACAACAUACGCUCCACGCUCACCAGUAUCCCAUGGGGACUUGGCUACUAUUUCUACUGGCUCGGCUUUCCGGAUAGCUCGCGGUGUCCGCACGAAGAAGAGGACGGCCUCGACUGUAAAAUUCACCACGUGGCCAUGUCGCACUUGGAUCUGGUCAACGUGUACAAGUUCUCUUUGACCGUGCAAAUGCCAGAGCCAGACGACUCGCUCACGAUCAGUGUCGGUCACCAUCUCUUGCCCAAUGUACCGUAUAUAACCGAGGGGACGCUGCUGGAGUUCAAAGCGGUCAUUCACAAUGCCGGAAGUGACAAGGGACCCACGCUGACGGCAAAGAAAGUAUCCGUUCUCGAUGAGGACGGCCGUGAGGUCCACGUAUCGCAGAUUCCGCAGGAGCAGAGGUCGGUCGCGGAUGAAAUGGAGCGGGCAGGACAAGAAGUGAUGGCAGCUCUGGCGGGCGCAGUGAGUCAAGUCGACAAGCUUGAUUUAAGUGAGAGGAGCCGAACCAGUGAACCAUAGCAAGUAACAGUAUGAGUUGUGCCAUGGCGUCGACAGUAAUAUUUGUCUGGCUGAACUGCUGUAUAGCUGUGCAAUUUUAUGACAAAUAAAUUAUAAAAAUCAUUGCUUUACAGGUGCAAAAAAAUUCAUCAAAUCAAAAAUCCUGCUCGAAACGAUGCAAUCGGACAGAGUUAUUUCUGAAACUGCUUGCAGUCCUAUGUUACAAUCGACCUCAAGAACUGCUAGUACACGUGGAGCGUGUCCUUGGUUUUUUGGCCUUUAAUGAUAGCUUGCAUAGACCUCGG